AUGCAUGGAUAUGUUUGGUGCCUAAACCUCCCAGUUGAUACAAAUAUGGCCGAGAUAUCUGCUGGACCGCUAGUAAUCCAACAACUCCGCGCCGUCGGCGAAUACGAGCGGAUACUCCAUGACGUGUUGAAGGUUAUUUCGGUUGCCAUGAUGCUAUUUUGCUCCGGAUUUUACACAAAACCCCACACCGUGAAGAAAUUAUGGAAUUUGAGCUGUGCUGUUGGAUUAGUAAUCUUCUUCGUGCGUUCCCUCCAAAUGCAACAGCGUCUAUUCCCCUCCCUGCACGAGGCAUUCUCCACCCAGGCCGCAUUUUUCAUCAUUGGCGUCGUUUUGACGAUACAGGCCAAGGAUCGUUUCCCAGCUGUCAAACUCGAGAAACCGGACGAAUUGGCUGUCGAAGAAGAAAUUGAAGAAACUGCUACACUGGAUGACAGUAAAAAGAUUGACGACCUGGUCAAUAACAAUAAUAACAACAAUAACAAGGAUACGGUAGCCGAUUUGAAUUCUCAAAGCGAGCCCCGGCUAAAAGCUGAA